AUGCGCUCCGUGCGCCUUGGCCCUUCUCCUAAAACCUUUGCAAUCAUUGCUGAAAGGUAUGCCUCAGCGGGUAAACCCCAUAGAGCUGUUAAAGUUUUCUUGUCUAUGCAUCAAUUUGGUUGUUUUCAAGACUUGCAUUCUUUUAAUACAAUUCUCGAUGUGUUAUGUAAGUCGAAACGCGUCGAGAUGGCUUAUAACAUGUUUAAGGUUUUUAAGGGAAGGUUUAGGGCUGAUUGUAUUACUUAUAAUGUGAUGGUGAAUGGUUGGUGUUUGAUUAAAAGGACUAAUAAAGCAUUGGAGAUGUUAAAAGAGAUGGUUGAGAGAGGAUUGACUCCAAAUUUGACUAGUUAUAAUAUAAUGCUUAAAGGCUAUUUUAGAGCUGGUCAGAUUAAUGAAGCUUGGAAUUUCUUUUUGGAAAUGAAGAAGAGAGAUUGUGAGAUUGAUGUUGUUACUUAUACUACUGUAAUUCAUGGGUUUGGUGUUGCUGGUGAGAUUAAGAGGGCUCGUAAGGUUUUUGAUCAGAUGGUGAAGGAAGGAGUGCUUCCUUCAGUUGCUACUUAUAAUGCUUUCAUUCAGGUUUUGUGUAAGAAAGACAGUGUGGAGAAUGCUAUAGUCGUUUUUGAGGAGAUGGUGACAAAGGGUUAUGUGCCAAAUUCAAUAACUUAUAAUUUGGUUAUUAGAGGGUUGUGUCAUAGAGGUGAAAUGGAGCGGGCAAUGGAAUUUAUGGGAAGAAUGAAGGAUGAUGGUUGUGAUCCGAAUGUUCAAACAUACAAUCUUUUGAUUCGGUACUUUUGUGAUGAAGGAGAGAUUGACAACGCGUUGCACUUGUUUCAGAAGAUGACUAGUGGGGAUUGCUUGCCAAAUUUGGAUACAUACAAUAUAUUGAUAAGUUCAAUGUUCGUGAGGAAAAAAUCAGAUGAUUUACUGGUGGCUGGGAAGUUGUUGAUUGAGAUGGUUGAUAGAGGAUUUGUUCCUCGAAAAUUUACUUUCAAUCGGGUUUUGAAUGGGCUAUUGUUAACAGGUCAUCAAGGUUUUGCGAAAGAGAUACUGAGAUUGCAGAGUAGAUGCAGCCAUCUUACCCGUCAAAUAAAGUUGUGA